CAAAUCUAAGACCACCCAACCUAAAGCCAGCACCCAGGAAGCAGCAUCUGAUCGCCAGGAGAGUGCCGAUGAUGGUACGCCAUUUGUUUCAAGGUCAGUCAGUCCGGAUUCCAUUUCAGCUGCUUACGACAUCCAGAGUGAUGAUUUUAGCUCUGAAACAUCCAAUGACGUUGAUGAUUACCCACCAAGUUCAGUGGACCCUGACAGCAGUGAGUGCAACAGCAAUAUCAACCACAUUCCUGUGCCAAAAGUCAGCCCUGAGAAACAAACCAUUGAAGAUGAUGAUGAUGAUGUCGUCAUUGUUAAAGCAGUAGGGCUCCAGCCACCCGAGCAAACUAUGGCCAUAAAACCUCUAGCAGUCACAUCCACAUCAAACCAACCUUUCCCAAUGAUGGUUGGCUCAUCAUCGCCGUCAUUCCCUAGGCCCAUUUCUACUCUCUUGAAGUACAUUCCCUCAACCACUGUGUCAUCCCUUCGAGGUUUUCUCACGUCAUCAACUCAGUCCUCAAACAUGAGAACAAACCAGUUUUCUCAGCAAAUAAAUAUGAGCCCAACAGGACAAAGUGUGAGCCCCUUUGUCAGUAUACAACAAAACCAGGUGUCCCCAUCAAGGAACCC